AAUCCCAUCGGCUACCGACAUGGGACAACUCCAGGCGCACGUCCCUAACGUGCGCAUCCUCCGUCACCCCCUCUUUCAUAUACUGAAGACUCUCCUCGGUCAUUCUCCCUCUCUCUCGCAGAGCAAAGUUCUCGAUCUAUCUCAGCAAAUCAAAUCUCAAAGAUCCGCAGCCGGUCGAACAAACCCUGCGAUUCCUCUUGAUUCGUGCUGAUUUUUUUUGUAAGAUUUUGUGUUAGAUUGGUUCGUAUAGUUUCUCUGUGUUGUCACAGUCCUCCUGAUCCUGUGUUUACUGUUUGAGCUCAAACAGUUGCAAGUUGGUGCUCAGUGUUUUCACCCAAAACUAUUACAUGCAUCAAAAUUAGGAUUGGGUUUUGUGGGUUUUGGUCAAAAGACUUGUAUGCAAGUGUUGGGUUAUUGAUUUGAGGGAUUGGGUUUGUGUGGAAGUUUUAGGAAAUGGGUGUUUCUUGAUUGUUUGAUUGGGAGGUAAUGCGACGCCGUACGGCGUCUAGUGUUCCCUCGGAGCAAAUGGAGAAGGGGACGGGGAAGAAUCAGAACACCAGGCUUUGUUUCUUGGUGUCUUUGUCUGCGUUCUUUUGGAUGUUGUUGUUGUACUUUCAUUUUGUUGUGCUUGGAAGUAGUACUGUCGAUGAAUCUGUGAAAUUGCAACCUGGUCCGGUUAAUGUUGCAUCAAUCCCUACCCGUGUGUCCGAUUCCCAUCGAAUUGACACCCAUUUGGAAACAGUCCCGAGUCGUAGAAUUGAGAAUUACCCCGAAUCAAUCCCUACCCAUGUAACCAAUUCCGGUCAAAUGAACACGGAUUUGGAAUCUAGGCCCAGUCGUGAGGCGGAGAAUUACCCGUUUAUAAGAGCAUUGAGAACAGUGGAAAACAAGAGUGAUCCAUGUGGUGGGAGGUAUAUCUAUGUUCACGACCUUCCUUCUAGGUUUAAUGAGGAUAUGCUGAAGGAGUGUAGGAGUUUGAGCCUUUGGACGAAUAUGUGUAAGUUUACGACUAAUGCAGGGCUUGGCCCGCCGCUUGAGAAUGUUGAAGGGGUGUUCUCCGAUACUGGCUGGUAUGCGACAAAUCAGUUUGUGGUUGAUGUGAUAUUCAGGAAUAGGAUGAAGCAGUAUAAGUGCUUGACACGUGAUUCUUCUAUCGCUUCGGCGAUUUUUGUACCCUUUUAUGCGGGAUUUGAUAUUGCCCGGUAUCUUUGGGGGUACAAUAUCUCGAGGAGGGAUGCAGCUUCACUUGAUCUGGUUAAUUGGCUUAUGAAGAGGCCAGAGUGGGGCAUAAUGGGUGGCAGAGACCAUUUUCUUGUUGCAGGGAGGAUCACGUGGGAUUUUAGGAGACUAACAGAUGAAGAAACAGAUUGGGGUAACAAGCUGCUGUUUUUGCCUGCGGCAAAGAAUAUGUCCAUGCUUGUGGUUGAAUCGAGCCCAUGGAAUGCUAAUGAUUUUGGUAUUCCAUAUCCGACGUACUUCCAUCCAGCAAAGGAUGCUGAUGUGUUCAUUUGGCAGGACCGGAUGAGGAAAUUAGAAAGGAAGUGGCUCUUCUCUUUUGCUGGUGCCCCACGUCCUGACAACCCCAAGUCGAUUAGAGGGCAGAUCAUUGAUCAAUGCAAGAAAUCCAAGGUCGGCAAGUUGUUAGAAUGUGAUUUUGGGGAGAGCAAGUGUCAUUCUCCGAGCAGUAUAAUGCAGAUGUUCCAGAGCUCUCUUUUCUGCCUGCAACCUCAGGGUGAUUCAUACACAAGAAGAUCUGCUUUUGACUCUAUGUUGGCUGGUUGCAUACCUGUCUUCUUCCAUCCCGGGUCAGCAUACACACAGUAUACUUGGCAUCUUCCGAAGAACUAUACUAAGUACUCUGUGUUCAUUCCAGAGGAUGACAUCCGUAAGAGGAAUGUUAGCAUAGAGGAAAGGCUUCUUCAAAUUUCUCCCGAGCAGGUGAAGAUCAUGAGGGAGGAGGUUAUAAGUCUCAUUCCAAAGCUGGUAUAUGCAGAUCCUCGCUCUAAACUGGAGACUCUUCCAGAUGCCUUCGACGUUGCUGUGCAAGCAGUUAUUGACAAAGUUACAAAGUUGAGGAGGGACAUCAUUGAAGGUAUUACAGAUGAUAACUUUAUUGAGGAGAACAGUUGGAAAUAUGAUUUGCUGGAAGAGGGACAGCGUGAGGUGGGACCUCAUGAAUGGGAUCCUUUCUUCUCGAAACCAAAGGAUGGCAAUGGGGAUUCUGGCGAUUUAUCUGCAGAAGCUGCCAAAAAUUCUUGGAAGAAUGAGCAUAGAGAUCUAUCAUGACAGAGAGAGAGGCAAUGAUAUGUCUGUAUAAUUUCCGGUAAUCUGUGUCUCAAGCAUGGAGACUGCAGCUUAGAAGAACACUAGAAACCUUAAAGAGAGUGCUGGUAUGAACCCUUAUCAGGGCUUGUCAUGAACUCAUUGUAGAGUUUCAUCAUCACGUAUAUCGCCUCAUAUCCUUGUUUAAAGCCAGAACAUAGGCAACAAGCCAAAACACAUAUAGUCUCUGCUUCUUAUAUGUUUUUAUACAGGACUUUUCACUUUCCGCAUUUUUGAAUCUUAUGUAGUGAUUCUUUGUAAUGUAUUGUAGCUGAGCUUUCAUUAUAUCAUCAACUUUAUGUUAUUCUC